AUGAGCAACGAGGACACCACCGUGAAGGGCGGGGAAUACAAACCCAAGCCUGCGGAGAUCCUGGCCCUCCGCAACCUGUUAGCCCGCGAAACGUUGCUGCCAAUUGAUGUGAUCGGCAUCAUCUUCGAUUUCGCCGAGUAUUGGGCCCAUUCGAGCAACGAGAUCGAUUUUCCAAAGGAGAUCCAAGGCCCGCUGAUCAUCAGCGGCUCCAGCGCCCGCGAGAACCAGCUCGUGUUGAGGUCGUUUCCUGUUGGCUUCAGGGGCUUCCGUGAGAAGAAGAGCCUCGCUGAAGUGCUUGCAUACGACAGAACCGAGGUCCGACCUCUGGAGCUCGCGAAGGAGAACGAGCCUGAGUUCUUCAAAGAGAUAGCCAGCUACGCCAUGCCUCAACUUGUCCACCCCGUUCGCAGGAUUGUCUUCACCAUAAAGAGCCGAGACCAGGGCUGGGGCGGUUCCGGGCAACACCACGGAACGUAUAAUACAUCCUGGACCUGGUUUGACGUCGGACUUGAACGUUUCGAUGCUUCGCAGACUUAUCUUCGCUACGAAUCGCCAAAUUCUACCCCACCAGCUCUGCCUCUAUGUGCACUUCGGCCGAUACGGCCCAGACUAGAGCCUAGAGAGAAUGGGGAAUUGGCUUUUCAUCACCCACUGAGUGAUGAUGAGGAUGGAAUGGCUAUACAGCACAAUAUUCUAGCGUCCAGGCAGUUCAAAGAGCAUAUUGUGACCUGGGACUGGCAGGAUCAGCCUGACCCAAAUGUGGAAUCACUAAGCGAGGAAUUAGGACGAGGACCUAACACAAUGGACGGCUCAUUUGUUCGGGGGCUUAAAUUAGGGGAUGUGAUCACAGUUUGGGGUAAAGCAAGAUUCCCGGGAUGGGCGAAUCAUGUUGAACGAGUCCAGAUCGAUAUAUUUUGGGCUGUUUAG